CGCUGGUCGCUCGACGUCGGUCGUCGAAAGCGGAUCGAGACUGCAAGCGUCGAGUCUUAAAGGAAAACGAGCCCGCACAGAGAGUUUGGGUGCGCGGCAGACCCAAAUCAAUCCAUUCAAUUUUCCUUCCCUCAGGUCCUCGUCGGCCGACAAAAGACCUUGAGCUGUUGUUGCCCUUGGUCUCCUUCUCUCACCUCGUCAUCGUCAACAAACAUCCUGUUCGUCCGUGCAGGCUGCUGUUCAGCACCCCUUCCACGACGACACGGCUGCACUCGCCACCAGCAAACCCGUGCACCUGCUGCGCCGUCGCUUGCCUGCGCUGCUUCAAACCGACAAGCUCGCCGGGCGCUUCUGUGGCAGACAUAUAUCCUACUACAACGAUCCGACUCGCUUGCGCUGCCUUUUUCUUCCUCUCGCAGUCUCCUGCCUUUCUUCUCCCUCCUCGUCCUUCUCGUGCAUCCUCGUCGUCUGCGUCGUCUUGCAGCAGCCAUUUCUCAUUGGCGCUGAGACACUCUACUGGUCAGCCCGCCAAAAGCACCCGCAAACAAUCGACACUCUGAGACAAGCCACCCGCAUUUGGACGCUCCCUCCCAAUUCGGACACACCCAAUGGCGGCCAACGACUCCGCCUCGUCGGACAGCGACGUCCCUCAACACCACCACCAUCAUCACCACCAUUGGUCGGUCCCGGGCGAGAUCCCCGUCCCUCAUGGCCCGCCCGGCGACCACGACAGCGACGACUACCCCGUCCGCGAUGCCACCGCCGAUGAGCGCCGCAUCUUCAGCCAUGUCACACGCCCCGACGACUCAUACACGCCCGACGGCGUCUACUGGGCCGAUCUGCCCUGGAGUAAGCGUGUCAGCUUCGUCUCAAAGGUCGACCGCGACGCUGCCGCCCAGGAGCUGAAAACCAUUGGCUCCAUGAUGAAGAAGGAUCCCCUCUCUCCCGUCUCGUGGUACUUCCGCCACGCAGUCAUUCCCGGUGCCGGCCUCGGCCUCGAGGGCUACGUGCUUUUCUCCAUUGGCAAUCUCGAGCCUCUCUUUAAGCAGGUCUGGCCCGAAUGCUGGUCCACUCACACUGCCUGCAGCAAGAACUGGAUUGCCAGCGUCACAUACCUCGAAAUCAUUGGUAUCAUGGUCGGCCAGCUCUUCGUUGGUGUCAUUGGCGACUGGGUCGGUCGCCGCUGGGGUCUCAUCCAGGAUGCCGUCAUCAUGCUUGUCGGCCUUCUCAUGCUCACGGCUAGCUGGGGCUUGACGCUCCAAGGCUGGGUCAUUUGCUAUGCUUGGUCCCUUUUCUUCUACAGUCUUGGUGUCGGAGGCGAGUACCCCAUCACUGCCACUUCGUCGCUUGAGAGCGCCGUCACCGCCGGCAAGCUCUCCACCAAGGAGGACCGUCUGCACCGUGGACGUCGCGUCACUACUGCCUUCCUCAUGCAGGGCUGGGGCCAAUUCGUCAACCAGGUUCUUCUCAUCGUUCUCCUCGUCAUCUUCAACAGCGGCAACGGCGGCCCCCCCUACAGCACCUCUGCCGCGCAGUAUGCCUUCCGUCUGUCCUUUGCCUUCCCCGCCAUUGGUACCGCCUGGCUCGCCUACUACCGAACCUGGAAGAUGCCACAGGCCUCCAAGCAGCUCGCACAGGCCAAGAACAGGUCCAACGUCACUGGCUACGAUGUCAACGCCCUGCGCUACUGCUGCACCCACUUUGGUGGCCGUCUUCUCGCCACGGCCGGCACCUGGUUCUGCAAUGACGUCUUCUUCUACGGCAACAAGCUUUUCCAGGGCCAGUUCAUCAAGGUCAUUUCGAACAACCCCAAGUCGCUCAUGACUACCUGGACCUGGAAUCUCGUCAACAUCACCGUCUCGCUCGCCGGCUAUUACCUCGCCUCAGUCCUCAUUGACAACAAGCUCUACGGCCGCAAGAUGAUGCAGCAGGUUGGCUUCUUCAUGUGCUUCCUCAUGUUCGUCAUCCCGGCAUUCAAGUACGAGUACUACACCAGCCCCGCCGGCAUUCAUGGCUUCCAGGCCAUGUACUUCAUCUCCUCAUUCUUCAACCAGUUUGGCCCCAACUCGGUCACUUUCCUUGUGGCUGGUGAGGUCUUCCCUACCCCCAUCCGCGCCACUGCACACGGAUUCUCCGCCUGCCUGGGCAAGGCGGGUGCCUUGCUCGCCUCGGUCCUGUACAACUACAUUGACGACCAGACCAAGUUCUACGUUGUUCCCUGGUUCGGCCUGGCUGGCAUGCUCCUCACCUGGCUGUUCCUCCCCGACACCACUGGCCUUGACCUCAAGGAGCAGGAGCGCCGCUGGAACUACAUUCGCCAGGGCAAGGCCGACGAGUAUCACGGCGUCGCCGUCAACCCCACCCACUUGAGUGUCUGGGAGCGCAUCCGAGGCAUCGGCAAGACCUAUGACCCCGAGCUCGACUGGAAGGCCAAGAUCGAGGACAUGCGCGCCGAGUGGGAGGCUGUCCAGUCUGCCCGCGGCCCCAAGGAGACGGAGCACGAGGGCCACGGAAUGCCAGAUGAUGGCGAGUUCUCGCAGGAGAUCCACGACUACUUCAAGCGCUCGAGCCCCAAGAACCCUCGCACUGGCGGUGGCGUUUUGAGCGAGAAGAUUGACGAGACGUCGGCGAGCUCAAAGUAGGUGGUGCCACAGGGUCGUGAUGAGCACUACGUUUUGAGAUGGCGGAGGCUUUGGCAGAAUAUCUGUCGGGAUUCUAGCAUGAUGGAAUGGCUUUGGAGCAUUUUUGUGUUGCGGCGUUUUGGAGUCUCGCGCACGAGCGUCUUGAGACAACGGUCGACUUUCAGUCUUUUUUGGGCAUCGCCAUUCAGCAUUCAUGAUAUAUGCAUAGUCUUCACGUCAUCGCCGGCAUGGCGACGGGAAGCAUUAAAAGGGGGCGAGCAAUGUCGUCGGCAUUUGCUGUGGUAUCACAACGGGGAAAUAGAAGAAAGCAGAGCAAGGUGCUAAAGCACAACUCCUCAGGGGAAAAAAAUACACACUUGAAU